UAUAUCUGUUCUAAUGACAUGACAGGUACUAUUUUGAAAUGAAGAAAUAAAAUACAAUUUCAAAAUCAAUUUCUAAAUUCUUGUGAUAGCAAAAUUUUUGUGAUAAAAAGAGCCGCGCAACAUUAUGAACGUGGCCGAAACAUUUGAUUUACCAUAUAAAAAGAAUAGAGGAAAUAAACCCGUUGAUGAUUGUAUAUGUGAAGAUAAAAACGGCAGAAUUGCUAGGAGAGGUACAUCAACAUUAAAUAACCCAACAGCUUGUUCGAAAUGUGAAAUAUCUACAACGGAAACCAUUCAAUUCGUUCCUUGCGCUGAAUCUGAUUUAAAAUGUUCUUCGCUAUCUGAUCCGAAGUUUGAGAGGGUUACAAAUCAAAUAUCUUCCAAAAAACAUGUUCCCGAAACGUGCAUUUGUAAAUCUGAAGAGAGUUUGAAGUAUGAAUGUCAUAUAAAUCAAACAAAGUUUUCCAGCAAACAGAAAUCUUCUAGAAAGCAUAUUUGUAAACAUGUAUCUAGAAAACCCAUUUCUUUAUCAACAAGAAAAGUCGAAAAUAAACAUAUUAGAAGUUCAUCAUGUUCUAAUGCAGAUGCAAUGUCUAACAAUCAUCUAGUUAAUGCUGUACAUCCAGAAUCCAAUCAAAUACCAAGUCAAGACUUUCGAUAUCUGUGUACUUGUGAUAAAAAUCCUGUUUGUAAAUAUUAUGGUAAUAUUAGAAUGAUGUACAGACGAUAUAUGUGUCUAAGACCUAAUAGUGUAUGUCUUAAAUAUGUUAAUCCAUAUUUCAAAAUGCUCUGUCAUAAUUCAAAAUUAAGACCCUCCUAUGAACAAACUCAUGAAAGAGCAGAAAUCAAUAAACCAGUUAUUCUACCUCAUUUAGAAUCUUUGAAAAGAAAACAAACUAAAAGAAACGCAAAAUCUACUGUGAAACCAAUCAAAAACGUUAUAGGUAAUAUUGAAACUACUGGAUGUCGAGAUAGAUUUGUACAAACUGUUUGUUUCAAUACAAAGUCCGUUUCAUCAAAGUCUGUAAUGACCCCAAACACUGAAGCAGCGUCAAAGUUUGAACCGGAAAUUUUUGAAAAAGCUCCUUCGAAGACUAUUGAAAAAGGUUUAAAAUGUAUCAGUUGCAAAAUUGUUGAUUCAAGCACUGUUCAUGAACCUUUUGACUCCACUUGUAGCUGUAAUAAUUGCGGAGAUACAAAUUCAACUGAACGAUGUAUUUAUAAUAGAAAACUUGAUAAAGAAAAAUGCAGUUUAGAAGAUAGUAUCAUUGAAAGACCAUCAUUUCAAGAGGAAGAUUCGAAAGCACAACUUUCAUCGCAAGAUGUAUGUACCUGUACAAAAAAUGGAUAUGAGUGUACUGAGUCCUUCGGCACAGUUCACAAACCUUUUGAUUCUAUUUGUUGUUGUAGUAAUUGCGGAGAUAAAAAUUCAUCCGAACGAUGUAUUUAUAAUACAAAACUUGAUGAAGGGAAUUUCAGUAUAGAAGAUACUAUCAUGGAAAGACCAUCAAUUCAAAAGGAAGAUUCAAAAGCACAACUUUCAUCGCAAGAUGUAUGUAUUUGUACAAAAAAUGGAUAUGAGUGUACUGAGUCCUUCGGCACAGUUCACAAACCUUUUGAUUCUAGUUGUUGUUGUUGUAAUUGCGGAUAUAAAAAUUCAUUUGUACAAUGUAUUUAUAACAAAAAACUUGAUAAAGGAAAAUGCAGUUUAGAAGAUAGUAGAAUUGAAAAACCAUCAUAUCUAGAGGACGAUUCAGAACCACAAUUUCCACUGCAAAAUGUGUUUUAAGACCCCCUGGUGCUAGAAAGAAAAAUGAGGACAUUAAACAAGAGGUUCACUUUGUGCCCUGCAGUAAAUUAAAAAAACGCAAUAAUUUUGAUGAUAAUUCGACUUUAAACAAGAAAAAUAAUUUGAAUAGAUCUCGCAAACAUAAAUCCCCAAUUGUAUUGAGCAAAAUAAAACUAAAUUAUUGCACCUGUGAUGAAUCUCUACCAUCAGAUAGCUUAGAAAAAAUGAAUACUCAAGCAGAUGAAACUAUGUUAGAUAAAGAAGAGAAAAAUAAUAGAAGACGUUCAUCAAAGGAUAAUAAUUCACUAAACGAUGAAAGUUUUUGUAAUUGUAGUUCUGAAAGUGAAGAGAAAUUAAGAGAACCAAAAUAUUCGAAACAAAAAGAAUAUUUCAAACAAAAUAAUGGGGAAGAUUGUUGUGAAUGUAGUUCUGAUAGCGAAGAGCAGUUGAGGAAAUCGAAAUAUUCAAAACAAAACCAUAAGUUGGGUUAUCAAAAAGGAGGAAAGUUUCUACUACAUUCUAACGAAAGUGAUUCUAGUUUUGAUGAGAGAAAAAAUACAAAAUAUGUCUCUGAUAAAACUGGAAAUUAUGAAACAGAUAAUGAAUUCGAAUCUGAUGAUGAAUAUGAAACAAGCGACGAAGAUGAAGAAUUUCGCCCGUCGCCUAGUACAUUAAUUGAUGAUGUACCUUUCUGUUUAAGAAAAAGAAUCAAACCGGUUAAAGAAAAAGGAAAGAAAGGUUCUUUUAUGAAACAAUUAUUCAAUAAAAUAAAGGAGAGCACUGAAAAUAGAUUCGUCGAUAGUUUUUGUAAAUGUGAUGAAGAAAAUAUUGCAACGAACGAAUAUGAAGAUGAUGAUUAUUUUGAAGAUGAUACUUUCCAAACUAAACAAUGCUGUUCUUUAGUUUUGUCUUGUGAUAGUUCUAUAUGUUUAGAUGAUGAUCAAGCAGAAUGUUCUUUAAUAGACGACUCCUAAGUUUUUCAAAAUAAAUAACUUGAUCAACAAUUUUUUUUAUAAUAAAACGAUAUUUCAAAAACAAAUUAUUUAUUAAAUUAUUUACGUAA